CACUCUCAGCAAACAAACACAAACAAAAACGUUCCCACUGACUGACUGCACCACCUCGCCUGCCGAUCGAUCGAUCAAAACGAGCAACCCAGCGACAACCCUCAACCAUGGCCAUGGAUUUCAAGGCUUCUGCCGACAAGUUCAUCAAGUUUGUCAACGCCAGCCCCAGCCCCUUCCAUGCCGUGCAAGCGUCCAAGGCUGCUCUCAUCGAGGCCGGCUUCAAGGAGAUCCGUGAGCGCGAUGCAUGGGAGACGAAGCCACUCGGCAAGUACUUCUUCACCCGCAACCAGAGCACGCUCGUUGCGUUUGCUGUUGGCGGCAACUUCAAGCCGGGAAAUGCCUUCACCGUCAUUGGCGCCCACACGGACAGCCCUUGCCUCAAGGUGAAGCCCAACUCGAAACUGAGCAAGGCCGGCUACCUCUCCGUGGGCGUGGAGUGCUACGGUGGCGGCCUCUGGAACACGUGGUUUGACCGCGACCUCAGCCUUGCCGGCCGCGUCAUGGUCCGCCAGCCAGACGGCAACUUUGCCCACAAGCUGAUUCGCGUCGACAAGCCCAUCCUUCGCGUGCCAAACCUGGCCAUCCAUCUCAACCGGGGCAUCUACUCUGACGGGUUCAAGUACAACAAGGAGACGCAUCUUCCCGCCAUCCUCGCCAUUGCCGAAAAGCAACUCAACGCCCCAGCCAAAGGAGACGCUGACAAGAAGGAAGAGGGGAAGAAGCCGUUCUCGCAGGACGGCCGCCACCAUAGCAUGCUGCUCGAGAUCAUCAGCAAGGAGCUCGGCUGCGAGGUCAAGGACAUUUGUGACUUUGAGCUCUGCCUCUUCGACACUCAGCCCUCGGCACUCGGGGGUCCUGCCGACGAGUUUGUGCUCUCCCCGCGCCUCGACAACCUCGAGUCCUCGUUCUGCGGCCUUGAGGGCCUCAUCGCGGCAUCGUCCGAUGCGGACCUGAAGGAUGAUACAACGACCCGGGUGCUUGCGCUGUUUGACCACGAGGAGGUGGGCAGUGACAGCGCCCAGGGCGCCGGCUCCUCCCUCUUCGAACACGUGCUUCGCCGCCUCUCUGCAGGUCGCGAUGGUGCGUUUGAGGAGGCCGUUCCCAAGUCCUACAUCAUCUCCUCCGACAUGGCCCACGCCAUCCACCCCAACUACCCGGAGAAGCACGAGGCCAACCACCAGCCAAUGAUGAACGCUGGCCCUGUGAUCAAGUUCAACACCAACCAACGUUAUGCAACCAACGCAGUGACAGCUCUCAUUCUCCGCCGCGUCGCCGAAAUCGCCGAUGUCCCCCUGCAGGAUGUGAUGGUGCGCAAUGACAGCGCCUGUGGCAGCACCAUCGGCCCCAUCCUCAGCGCUGGUCUCGGCAUUCGCACAAUCGACAUUGGCAAUGCCCAGCUGGCCAUGCACUCCAUUCGCGAGAUGGGCGGAUCACACGACAUUGCCUACGCCGUCACCCUCUUCAAGACGUUCUACUGCAAGUUUGCUGAGGUUGACGCCAGCGUGACUGUUGAGUGAAGGCAGUCGCAUCCCAUCACAGCACUCACGCAUCACACAUUGCCCUCCGUUGCUGUGGGACAAGUGCCGCCCUCGCCACAUCACACGCGUCCCUCUCCUUUCCUUGUUGUUCUGCAUGUCUCUUUGUCCUCAACCACCAGGAACAAAUUUAAAACAAUUUUAAAGUGGCACCCGAA